UAGCCGUUGGUUGUCUGAAGAAGGAGAGUGUUUGCAUUGGCGUGAGAGCGGCGAAUUUUGUUCUGAAUGCAACGGAAAAUCUUUGGUUUUUUUUCGCAAAAUAUUUAACCGUAAUUAAUCAAUGGAAAUCUAGCUGAUAUAAUUCAAUAUGCUUCACGAAUCCAAACGAAAAAGUAUUCUUGAAUGGUUUAAUUCCCUUGUGACUUCUAAUAUACAAUCCUUCACUGAAUUUAGAGAUGCGAAUGGUUUCCUAGAUAUUAUUCGAUCAUUAUGCUGUUCUUCAUCUGCAUUACUAUACAAUUCAGACCUUGAUGCUUUGACUGAUGGAAAAAUUCCACAAAUUGAUGAAAAAUAUUCUUUCUUGAAGAAAUUUAUUGAUGAUGUAUAUCACAUUGACAGUGGUUUGAUGAUUGAUUAUGAAGAAUGUAAAUCAGGGAAGGAACUAGAGCUGGCUAAAGUUGCAGUUUUUCUUCUCAGUGCUCUUGUCCAAAGUCUUCUGUCUGCUGGAAGUCAAGAGGUCAAUACUUUAACUUUGCUUAGUGAUCAAACUCAAGAAGAUAUAAAAGAAUGUAUAGCUCUACUUGUUGAAAACUCGCCAUAUGGUAUUCGUAGAGUGGAAUUGCAUAGAAUUCUUAACCGCCCAGCAAAAUGCAAAGGAAGCUUUAGAUUUUCAUCUGGUAGAUCAUCACGUACGCCUCAGAAUGAUAGACCUUCAUCAAGCACACCUCUGAGUAGUAGAUCUCCACGUAGCACUUCUCGUGAUUCUGGAUUUCAUCGAAAACCGAAUUUUAGACAGAAAAUUACUCCUAUCAUUAAAACAACUCAGUUUGCAGAGCGAUCACCUUUAAAAGAUCUUUUAGAAUCACCAAGAAUGCAAAAUCAGGCAAUUAUAUUCUGUAAAGAUAAAAAAAUUCAUGAUCUUCAAUAUUCGCUUCAUUUGGAAGAAAAUAAAGUGGUAGAAUUAAUAUCAGAAAAAGAGGAAUUAGAGGCAAAGUUGAAUGCUAAAGAUCAAGAAUUGAUGAAGGUAAAAGAAGAAUAUCGAAAAUUGCGGGAUACAUUAGAUGAAGGUACAUGUCUCAAUAAUGUGCCAUGUGUAGAACCACCAAAGCAAAGUGAAGAGGAAAUGCAAAGGAUAAAAAAGGAAAUGGAAGAAGUAAUCCGUGUGUUAAAAAACGAAAUGGAAGACAUGGCUAGUAAAAAUGCAGAACUAGAACAAAAAGCAUUUUUACAAAAGGCAACCAGAGAAGCACUUGCUGUGCAAAAAAGAAUGCUUCAUGAAGUGCAGAGAGAACUGACACAACAUGAAAUAUCACGUGAGGCAGUAAAAGAAAAAUUGCGUGAGUGUGAACACCAUAUAAGAGACCUAAAAGAGAAAUGUAGAUUUUAUGAAAAUGGAUGGGAAGAAGCUUUUUCACUUGCGAAGUUAAAUAGUUCUCUGUUGUCAGAUAGUUCACAUGAAAGUAUCAUCUCAAGUCCUGGUAAUAAUCAAGAUAAUGAGCCAAUGG